AUGCUGCACAAACUGCGCACCCUGUCGCCGCUGCUUCGACGCGGAUUCUCGUCGUCGUCGGUGGAGGCCGUGGCGGCGGACAUCCUGCCACCGAAGAAGCGCCACCGCGACGCCGUGUCGGUCCUGCGUGCGCUCGGCGCCUGCGUUGAGCCCAACCUCGGCCUGCCCGACUACCGGUGCGCCUACGAGCCCUGGCUGGGUUCGAGCCUGAGGCUGCGAACCAACCUGCUUGCCAAGGCCUCGGGUCGCAACGCCGCCCGCCACGUCGCCCGUCACUUCCUCGCCAACGACCUCACAGCCCUCGCAACGGAGGCCCCCAGAAUCGAUUGCAUGAUCCCACUGCAAACUGCCGAAUUCAUUCGCAACGAACUCUCCGAAGGACGCAUCUCGCAACAGGAGGCGAUGGCGCGGCUUCUGCUUCUGCUCUCUCCCAAGGCCGCGUGGACGCUGUACAAGGAUGCCGUCGAUGCGGUAAAGACUCCUUUGUUGCCGUCUGUCUAUUGCAUAAUCCUCUCUAUUAGGUUGUACGAGUGCCGUCGAGAAAGAAACUUGCAGACUUCGAGGCAAUAA